CGGAUCCCAGACUUCCCGCUUCGCUGAGGUGGCGGCGUGACGAAAUUGACGCAGGGGUUCGGGAUGGGGAGGGGUGGAGGAAGUAGCGCGUGGCGCGCUACGUAGGGGUGGCUCCGCCGGGACUGCGAGCUGGUGUUUACGAGGAGGAUGCUGGUGGUGGAGGUGGCGAACGGCCGCUCCCUGGUAUGGGGAGCCGAGGCGGUGCAGGCACUGCGGGAGCGUCUGGGAGUGGGGGGCCGCACGGUGGGUGCCCUGCCCCGCGGGCCCCGCCAGAACUCGCGCCUGGGCCUCCCGCUGCUGCUGAUGCCCGAAGAGGCGCGGCUUCUGGCCGAGAUCGGCGCUGUGACCCUGGUCAGCGCCCCGCGCCCGGAUCCGCGCCAACACAGCCUGGCUCUGGCAUCCUUCAAACGCCAGCAAGAGCAGGGCUUCCAGGAGCAAAGCGCCCUGGCAGCCGAGGCCCGUGAGACUCGUCGUCAGGAGCUCCUAGAGAAGAUUGCGGAGGGCCAGGCUGCGAAGAAGCAGAAGCUAGAACAGGAAUCGGAGGCCAGCGAGAGCCAGGAGGCCGGUGCGAACCCGGAUGCUGCAGAGAGUGAGGCCAGCGCUAGCCAGGCUCUUGGAGAGCCCGAGGAAGCAGGUUCCUCUUCUCCCCAGCCAGGGCCUUCAAAUGGGGUGGCCCCCUUGCCCAGGUCCGCCCUGCUGGUCCAGCUGGCCACUGCUAGGCCUCGACCCAUCAAGGCUAGGCCCCUGGAUUGGCGUGUCCAGUCCAAAGACUGGCCCCAUGCUGGUCGUCCUGCCCAUGAGCUUCGCUACAGCAUCUACAGAGACCUGUGGGAACGAGGCUUCUUCCUCAGUGCUGCUGGCAAGUUCGGGGGUGACUUCCUGGUCUAUCCUGCCUCUGAAACCCAUGGAAGGACAGCAACACUUGGGAACCCAAGCCUGUUUGGAGGGCAGCUUAGCAAAUUUGAUUAAGCACUUUCUUUGAUCCAGAAGUUUCACUUAGAUACGUGCACAAAACAUACAGGAAGUCGUCACUGCAGGAUUCUUUACAGUAGCGAAAUAUCAGAAAGCAACCAGAAUGAUUAAUAGGUUAGCGGUUACACAUUGGUGUUAGUUGUGAGAGAUUGAUGUAGGUUCACGUACAUUUACGAAAAAAUGACCAAAGGGGAAGGAAAAAAAAGAACCACUUGUUGAAAACAGGUGUGGUAGAAGUGCAUUAUGUUUUAUGUUGUCAUGGAGUUAUACACACAUUAUUUAAGUAGCCUUAAAAGUCAUGACUCUAGGGGCACCUGGCUGGCUCAGAUGGUGGAGCAUGCUACUCUUGUUCUCCGGGUUGUAGGUUCAAGCCUCACGUUGGGUGUAGAGAUUACUUAAAAUAUAUAUAUAUAUGGCUCUAGUUAAAGAACAUGAGAAGAACUUAGAAUGGAGUACUGACUAGAAAGUAAGUAGCAAGUGGAAAAAGGCCUGAAAGCACGUACUCCAGCCCAAGUACAGUGGUUACCUCUGGGAGGGUGUAGGAAAAGGAGACUUUCAAUGUAUCAGUUAAAUUUUGAACUUGUAGUAUGAGUGCCUUUAUUGUUUAACUAAAAGGUUGAAAAAGUAAGUCUGCAGGAAAAUCACCUUUUUUGUUCCUCCUGAGAACAAAGAAGGAUAGAAGCACCAGAUAAGUAGUCAGAUCUUAGCUGUUGGUUGGAGACCGAUGGAGUCUUCUGCAGAUGAGCCAAGAGCCUUCAUCUCUUCUCAGACCAAACACUCAACUAAGGGACUGACUUAGGAGUUUAGAACAGUUUACCUGCCCCGUUCUUUACAGAUAACCACACUCUAAUUACCUUACUACUGUUUUUUUGUGACUUGCGUAUGUAAAAGAUUAUUCUCGUUUUGAAAAUGAACUUAACAUAUGAAUACUAAUAUCUAGUUCUUUUCUAAGCUUUCAGUGCAAUUUACAAAUCUUUUUUCCAAUCUAGCAGAUUUUAAGGGGACUGUUAGUCCAUGUUUGAUACCACUUGUGAAAGGAGUUAUGUAAUUUUCAGUGUUAUAAGUUGCAUUAAAAAUUUUUUUUCAGGGGCACCUGGGUGGCUCAGUCAUUAAGCGUC